AAUAUCUUUGAGUCAGCCAUGUCAGAUGCAGACGCGCUACAAAACGCUCGUCGCCAGGACCCCGAAUCUCCAAACAACGCCACCCAACCCUCGAUACAGAGCUGUCCCAAGAAUACAGAGAAAGAGGCAACUAAAAAUACAUCAAGUUCGAAUAUAGACCAGGAAGGAGAAAAGGAGAAAAUGGAAGACCCCAGCACCACAAACGCUCCUCCCCUGCCAAACUCCGAACCUGCCUCGCUCCAAGAAGCCCAUCAGGACGACCAACCUUCCAGCUUCAGCACUGCCGUGGAUCCACCUCCACAGCCACCCCGAGUUCUCCACGAAGCUACUCAAUAUACCCCAGAGAUCAAUCUUACUGUCAACACCCUUCAAAUCGCUCCUCACACCAUCAAUCUUCUUAACAGUCUCUACCCACCGCCUCUCCCUCCACCUACCGCCCCUGCCGCGACAAGAGCGUACAUCAUUCCUCAGAGGAGACCUGAAAAGCAAACCCCGCACAUAGUCGAAAAUCCAGAUACUGCGACGGAGUUCCCACGACCAGCCGAGAGAGAGUAUCUCUUGAGAUCAAUAUCGGAAUGGGAUACCGAGGACGCGCUCUUCUUUCAAAAGCAGAUGCGUAUGCAGGAAGACUUGGCGAAGAUUGCGCGGGAUAAUCUAGAGGGAUGGUUCCUCGGGCUAAGGGGUGAGUUUGAGGAGAAGACAGGACGCGUCUUGGGUAGAUGUUCGGUUGGAGAGGAAGAGGGGAAUGAGGAUCUGGGGACGUGGAAUCUUUGGGAAGACGAGGAUGAGGACAGUAACGUGGACGAGGUUGGAGAUGAAGACGAGGGUGAAAAUCAGGAGUAGUCGAACGAGGACUGUGAGACAUGAUGGGAAUUUUGAUGUAACAAGCAAGAUCCCAU